AUGAGUUCCUUUAAUUUUAAGUUAUCAGUAUCGAGGAAACCGAUAUUUAAAAUAUCAUCGACCAGACAGAGACGCAACAUAAGGAAUGAGGUAGGGUCCAAUAGUGUUGUCUCUUCGUUGGCUUCUCCUUCUUCUUCUUGUAUUCAAGAGAUCAAUGCCCCUGUUAAUCUGGCGGAUGUUCCUUCAUCCUCCACAGAUUACGCAGAUGGUAUUGACGCCAUCCAUGGUGCAGAUGUGGAUGACAGUUCUUCUUCCUCUUCUUCUUCUUUGUCUUCUUCAGUAUUGUGUAGUUCUGAAGCGGUUCCUGAAACUUCAUUUCAGGAAAGUUUGGCUUCCUAUUGUGUUGACAACAAUAUCAAUCAUGUUCAGGGGAACAAUUUACUUACCCUUCUUCGGACCCAUACCAGCUUUACGAACCUCCCGAAGGAUAUUAGGACUGUCCUGGGUACUCCACGGACUCGUGUUUCUACAUAUGUUGUAGAACCGGGGGAGUAUGUUCAUUUUGAUGUCGAAGCUGAAAUUGUUAAGUAUAUCAGGAAUGCUUCUUUUUCACCAGAUAGGGAAUUAGAAUUAGAUUUCAGCACAGAUGGAUGUGCUUUAGAUAGAGCGUGAACAAUCCAUCUGUGGCCGAUUCAGUGUAUGACUAGGAACAUACCUGAUGCAAGGCCAAUAGUUGUCGGCAUUUAUAGAGGAUUGCAAAAGCCUAGUGAUCCUAAUAGGCUUUUCAAUAUGUUCAUCAUGAACAUAACUCAUAUGCUUUCCAACGGUGGUGUAGAUCUUGAUGGUACUAAGGUACCAAUAAAAUUAAGAUGCUUUAUUGCUGAUGCACCAGCAAGAACUUUUAUCCUCAACCACCGUGGCCAUACAUCCAGCCGGCCCUGUUCCAAAUGUAAAGUGUCUGGUACGCAUAGCGAAGGUAGAUAUGUCUUCAAUGGCAUAAAGCAUGUGCUUAGAACUGACAACCAAUACUCUCAAUGUGUAGAUGAGGACCAUCAUAAAGAAGGUUGCAGUCCCUUAGCAUCACUACCUUUUGGAAAGGUUUCUCAAGUUUCAUUUGAAUAUAUGCAUUUGGUAUGCUUGGGCGUCACGAAAAAAAUAUUAUCUGCAUGGAUAAGUGGAAAAUAUUCACGUUUGUCCAAAUUGUCAGGUAGCCAUCUUGCUGGUAUGUCUGCAAGACUGGACAGACUCAGAGAAUUUUGACCCUCUGAGUUUGGAAGACCCUCAAGAACUCUGGUGUAUUAUGCCAAGUAUAAAGCAACAGAGUUUAGGCAAUUUCUGUUGUAUACAGGUCCGGUUGUGGCAUAUGGGCUCCUCAAUGAUAAUUUAUAUACUCAUUUCCUUUUCCUUCACACCGCUAUUAGAAUUUUAGCGUCACAAUCUCCGUCGAGUCAGUUUCUGAAUUUUGCAGAGCUUGGUCUGCAAAAAUUUGUUCUGCGUAGUGAAGAGUUGUAUGGCCCAAAUUUCUGUUCCUAUAAUGUACAUGGUCUUCUGCAUUUGACCAAUGAUGUAAGACGUCUUGGUCCUGUAGAUUCUUUCUCUGCUUUCCCUUAUGAAAGCAACAUGCGCAUUUUUAGGAAGUACUAAAAACCGGGCCUACCUGUUCAGCAAUUCGUGAAUAGAAUGGCGGAGAUUCAGGCUCAUGGAGCAAAUAGGGCGAGGGUCGUUGCGUCUUCUGAUAUUGCAGUAACUAUGCCUCUUGGAUGCGGAACUGAUAUCCUCCAGUAUCGUAGGAUACAGUUUAAUGGCAUGUUCUUCAGUCUUGAUAUACGCGAUAAUUGCUGCAUCUUGUGCGACGGUGCCAUAUGUAUUCUGUCCUCCAUUGCCGAGGACAGAAAUACAUUCCGCUUAGGUGUCCAGAAAUUCACAGAGGUCGGUGAUAUUUUUGAUAUCGGAAUAAAAUCCUCUGCUGUAGGUCUGUAUAAAUGUCGAUAUUUGAGCCCCGAAUUUAAUAUUAGUCCAUACGAUGUUUGUUCAAAGUGUUUCCGAAUGCCGUUUCCUGGAGACAACAUGGACGACAAUGAAGAGGACGAACAAGAAAGAAGAGAAUACGCCGUGGUUGUGAUGCUACAUUCCGACAACAUGUAA